GUCCGGCCGUCCAUCCGUCCGGCCCUCCUGGGGCCGGCGCUGACCAUGCCCAGCGGCUGCCGCUGCCUGCAUCUCGUGUGCCUGUUGUGCAUUCUGGGGGCUCCCGGUCAGCCUGUCCGAGCCGAUGACUGCAGCUCCCACUGUGACCUGGCCCACGGCUGCUGUGCGCCUGACGGCUCCUGCAGGUGUGACCCGGGCUGGGAGGGGCUGCACUGUGAGCGCUGUGUGAGGAUGCCUGGCUGCCAGCACGGUACCUGCCACCAGCCAUGGCAGUGCAUCUGCCACAGUGGCUGGGCAGGCAAGUUCUGUGACAAAGAUGAACAUAUCUGUACCACGCAGUCCCCCUGCCAGAAUGGAGGCCAGUGCAUGUAUGACGGGGGCGGUGAGUACCAUUGUGUGUGCUUACCAGGCUUCCAUGGGCGUGACUGCGAGCGCAAGGCUGGACCCUGUGAACAGGCAGGCUCCCCAUGCCGCAAUGGCGGGCAGUGCCAGGACGACCAGGGCUUUGCGCUCAACUUCACGUGCCGCUGCUUGGUGGGCUUUGUGGGUGCCCGCUGUGAGGUAAAUGUGGAUGACUGCCUGAUGCGGCCUUGUGCUAACGGUGCCACCUGCCUUGAUGGCAUAAACCGCUUCUCCUGCCUCUGUCCUGAGGGCUUUGCUGGGCGCUUCUGCACCAUCAACCUGGAUGACUGUGCCAGCCGCCCAUGCCAGAGAGGGGCCCGCUGUCGGGACCGUGUCCAUGACUUCGACUGUCUCUGCCCCAGUGGCUAUGGUGGCAAGACUUGUGAGCUUGUCUUACCUGUCCCAGACCCCCCAACCACAGUGGACACCCCUCUAGGGCCCACCUCAGCUGUAGUGGUACCUGCCACGGGGCCAGCCCCCCACAGCGCAGGGGCUGGUCUGCUGCGGAUCUCAGUGAAGGAGGUGGUGCGGAGGCAAGAGGCUGGGCUAGGAGAGCCUAGCUUGGUGGCCCUGGUGGUGUUUGGGGCCCUCACUGCUGCCCUGGUUCUGGCUACUGUGUUGCUGACCCUGAGGGCCUGGCGCCGGGGUGUCUGCCCCCCUGGACCCUGUUGCUAUCCUGUCCCACGCUAUGCUCCAGCGUGCCAGGACCAAGAGUGUCAGGUUAGCAUGCUGCCGGCAGGGCUCCCCCUGCCACCUGACUUGCCCCCUGAGCCUGGAAAGACCACAGCACUGUGAUGGAGGUGGGGGCUUUCUGGCCCCCUUCCUCACCUCUUCCACCCCUCAGACUGGAGUGGUCCUUUCUCACCACCCUUCAGCUUGGGUACACACAUAGAGGAAACCUCAGCCUCACACCAGAAAUAUUAUUUUUUUAAUACACAGAAUGUAAGAUGGAAUUUUAUCAAAUAAAACUAUGAAAAUGCAA